AUGACCUUAGAGUUCGCCAAGAAGGGAUUCAUCCACCCUGGCAUAGACGUGCACGCCCCUGACAUGGGGACCACCGAGAGGGAAAUGAGCUGGAUCGCUGACCAGUACACGACGUCCAUCGGCUUCAUGGACAUCAACGCCCGCGCUUGCGUCACGGGCAAGCCGAUCACACAGGUAACAAAACGUGGGUUCUUAACCAGGGCUGGCCGCAGCGCCCUUAUUGGGUUCAGGGGUGCAGUUUCAUGGGUGGCGGGAAGACCAAGAACAUAAAUGAGGUUUAUUUCCAUAUUUAUGAGCAUUUUUAUCGUGGUAGGGGUGUGUGGGCAAUAUGUAUUGAAAACAAGAUGGAGGUGCGGGAUACGUUUCCAAAUUAAAAGAGGUUAAGGGGGGGGGUGCUGUGCUGCAAAAAGAUUGAAAGUCCUGUUCUUUAACAUUGUUACAGUAACUGAGGGUAAUGGCCCGUGUCCGAUGACACGGACAAAACUGUCUAAUUCGUUGUCAGUGGUAUGCAUUAAAUGUCAAACGUUGAGGGGAAAGUGGAGGCGGAGAGAGAGAGAGAGAGAGAGAGAGAGAGAGAGAGAGAGAGGCGGGGAGGAGGGGGGAAAUUUGUUAAAUACGUGUACUCAUUUGUGUUGCUACCUUUCCUCCCCCACCCCACCCAGUGAAAACGUUGACUAUGACGAUGUGGCUGCCCUGGCAGCUCUGAUGACCUACAAGUGUGCCAUGGUCAAUGUGCCGUUUGGUGGCGCCAAAGCUGGGGUUAAAAUUAACCCCAAAAACUAUUCAGGUAAGCAGUUGCGAGAUUGAACAACUUUGACAGAAUACAUCUUUAUUCUUUCGUAAAAUAAUAAAAAUAAAUAAAAAAAUAAUUUGUUACUACAUUUGAAGACGCAAGAUAAAAGCGAAGAAUGCCAUUUGUUUAUCUUGGUUUAAAGUUGAAAUUUUCCGAGGACUGAUUCAUACUCAGAUGUUAAUGGGUCAUUCUGUAAGCAGACUUCGAUGGCUUCAUUUUUGAUACAUAUUUAUAUAUAUAUAUAUAUAUAUAUAUAUAUAUAACACCGGUGAAAGAGACAUUUUCACGACUGAUUGAAAGGGACACACCAUGACAUUGACAGGUGCACACACGAAUGAUAGUGGCGCACCGGUGAAAGAGACAUGUUCACGCAUGAAUGAUAGGGACACAUGACAUUGACAGGUGCACACAUGAAUGAUAGCGACGCACCGGUGAAAGAGACAUGUUCACGCAUGAAUGAUAGGGACACACCAUAACAGAGACAGGUGCACAAACGAAUGAUAGUGGCGCACCGGUGAAAGAGACAUGUUCACGCAUGAAUGAUAGGGACACACCAUGACAUUGACAGGUGCACACAUGAAUGAUAGUGAAGCACCGGUGAAAGAGACAUGUUCACGCCUGAUUGAAAGGGACACACCAUGACAUUGACAGGUGCACACACGAAUGAUAGUGGCGCACCGGUGAAAGAGACAUCUUCACGCAUGAAUGAUAGGGACACACCACGACAUUGACAGGUGCACACAUGAAUAAUAGUGGCGCACUGUGAAAGAGACAUGUUCACGCAUGAAUGAUAGUGACACACCAUGACAGAGACAGGUGCACACAAGAAUGAUAGUGACGCACCGGUGAAAGAGACAUGUUCACUCAUGAAUGAUAGGAACACACCAUGACAGAGACAGGUGCACACAUGAAUGAUAGUGGCGCACCGGUGAAAGAGACAUGUUCACGCAUGAAUGAUAGGGACACACCAUGACAGAGUCAGGUGCACACACGAAUGAUAGUGGCGCACCGGUGAAAGAGACAUGUUCACGCAUGAAUGAUAGGGACACACCAUGACAUUGACAGGUGCAUACAUGAAUGAUAGUGGCGCACCGGUGAAAGAGACAUGUUCACGCAUGAAUGAUAGGGACACACCAUUACAGAGACAGGUGCACACACGAAUGAUAGUGGCGCACCGGUGAAAGAGACAUGUUCACGCAUGAAUGAUAGGGACACACCAUGACAGAGACAGGUGCACAGAUGAAUGAUAGUGGCGCACCGGUGAAAGAGACAUGUUUACGCAUGAAUGAUAGGGACACACCAUGACAUUGACAGGUGCACACAUGAAUGAUAGUGAAGCACCGGUGAAAGAGACAUGUUCACGCAUGAAUGAUAGGGACACACCAUGACAUUGACAGGUGCACACACGAAUGAUAAUGGCGCACCGGUGAAAGAGACAUGUUCACGCAUGAAUGAUAGGGACACACCAUGACAUUGACAGGUGUACACAUGAAUGAUAGUGACGCACCGGUGAAAGAGACAUGUUCACGCAUGAAUGAUAGGGACACACCAUGACAGAGACAGGUGCACAUAUGAAUGAUAGUGGCGCACCGGUGAAAGAGACAUUUUCACGACUGAUUGAAAGGGACACACCAAAAAAAUAAACCUCCGUCCUGUCCGUUUAUUUCAAAGUACCUCCCCCCACCUCCCCCCCCUCCCCCCCCCCCAAUAACGUGGUCCUGUGUUAUUUUGUUAGGCCAAGCUCACUUUAAAAAUAAACAACUACAACCAAUGUGUGUAGUAGCCGUAUAAAAGCCGUACCUUUGCCACUGGUUGCCCCCCAUGACCGCCUUCAUGUCUCCCGUUCCACCAGGGUGGUAUACACGGCAGGAUCUCAGCCACCGGCCGUGGCGUUUUCUUCGGCAUCAAGAAUUUCAUCAUGAACGCCGACUACAUGGAGAGCAUUGGCCUGGCGCCUGGCUUUCACCAAAAGGAGUUCAUUGUGCAGGUAUGUAUGGCAAAAAAUCUUCAUCUACAAUUUAACGGUAUUUAUACACUCACAACUCGAUGUACCUGCAUAAAUGAGAAAAUGGAGAAUGUCAUGAGCACUUUAGUGCCUGAAAAAAAUUAAAUAUUUUUUUUAAAAUUAUGUCUGAUGCGCUUUCUGAUCUACCAAUAAUGUGAAGAACCAGUAGAUCAGUGGUUCUCAACUUGUGGGUCGCGACGCCUUUGGAUUGGUGGGGGGGGGGGCGGUUAACGACCCUUACACAGGGGUCGCCUCAGACGAUCGAAAAUCAUAUUUAUGAAGUAGCAACCAAAAGAAUUUUAUGUUUGGGGGUGACCACAACACGAGGAACUGCAUUAAAGGAUCGCGGCAUUAAGAAGGGCGAGAACCACUGCAGUAGAUCAACACGAUGGGCCAACUGUAGGUUUCCAUAUUUAUCAUUCUUUUGUUGUGUCUUAAAAAAAAUGUUCUUACUUAUUGUAAGUUACCUACAAUAGUUAUAUUUAUUACACUUUACUAACAGUCCCAUAUCAUUGCUUCGGCAUUGUCAAAUUGACACCCUGCGGUUUUCUCGAUUUCGCCCGCAGGGUUUCGGCAAUGUUGGCUACCACACAACGCGCUACCUGCACCGCGCGGGGACGUUGUGCGUGGGGGUCGCCGAGAUCGACGGCAGCAUCUACAACCCGAAAGGGAUCGACCCCGCCUGCCUGCACGAGUACAAGAAAGCCCACGGCACCAUUGUGGGCUUCCCCGGGGCCGAGCCCUAUCACGGCAACCUGCUGACAGAGAAAUGCGACAUCCUCGUGCCCGCGGCUAGUGAGAAGCAGAUCACGGCGAAGAUCGCCAAUGACAUUCAGGUACGCUGGAGUCAUUUACACGCAUGAAUGACAGUGGUGCACCGAUCAAAGAGACAGGUGCCCACACACGAAUGAUAGUUGCGCACCGGUGAAAGAGACAUAUUAACGAAUGAAUGAUAGAGACACACCAUGACAGAGACAGGUGCACACAUAAAUGAUAGUGGCGCACCGGUGAAAGAGACAUGUUCAUGCAUGAAUGAUAGUGACACACCAUGACAGAGACAGGUGCACACACGAAUGAUAGUGGCGCACCGGUGAAAGAGACAUGUUCACCAAUUAAUGAUAGGGACACACCAUGACAGAGACAGGUGCACACACGAAUGAUAGUGGCGCAACGGUGAAAGAGACAUGUUCACGCAUGAAUGAUAGGGACACACCAUGACAGAGACAGGUGCACAUAUGAAUGAUAGUGGCGCACCGGUGAAAGAGACAUUUUCACGACUGAUUGAAAGGGACACACCAUGACAUUGACAGGUGCACACACGAAUGAUAGUGGCGCACCGGUGAAAGAGACAUGUUCACGCAUGAAUGAUAGGGACACACCAUGACAGAGACAGGUGCACAUAUGAAUGAUAGUGGCGCACCGGUGAAAGAGACAUUUUCACGACUGAUUGAAAGGGACACACCAUGACAUUGACAGGUGCACACACGAAUGAUAGUGGCGCACCGGUGAAAGAGACAUGUUCACGCAUGAAUGAUAGGGACACACCAUGACAUUGACAGGUGCACACAUGAAUGAUAGUGGCGCACCGGUGAAAGAGACAUGUUCACGCAUGAAUGAUAGGGACACACCAUGACAUUGACAGGUGCACACAUGAAUAAUAGUGGCGCACCGGUGAAAGAGACAUGUUCAUGCAUGAAUGAUAGUGACACACCAUGACAGAGACAGGUGCACACACGAAUGAUAGUGACGCACCGGUGAAAGAGACAUGUUCACUCAUGAAUGAUAGGAACACACCAUGACAGAGACAGGUGCACACAUGAAUGAUAGUGGCACACCGGUGAAAGAGACAUGUUCACGCAUGAAUGAUAGGGACACACCAUGACAGAGACAGGUGCACACACGAAUGAUAGUGGCGCAACGGUGAAAGAGACAUGUUCACGUAUGAAUGAUAGGGACACACCAUGACAUUGACAGGUGCACAAACGAAUGAUAGUGGCGCACCGGUGAAAGAGACAUGUUCACGCAUGAAUGAUAUGGACACACCAUGACAUUGACAGGUGCAUACAUGAAUGAUAGUGGCGCACCGGUGAAAGAGACAUGUUCACGCAUGAAUGAUAGGGACACACCAUUACAGAGACAGGUGCACACGCGAAUGAUAGUGGCGCACCGGUGAAAGAGACAUGUUCACGCAUGAAUGAUAGGGACACACCAUGGCAGAGACAGGUGCACACAUGAAUGAUAGUGGCGCACCGGUGAAAGAGACAUGUUCACGCAUGAAUGAUAGGGACACACCAUGACAUUGACAGGUGCACACACGAAUGAUAGUGGCACAUCGUGACAGAGACAUGUACACGCGUGAAUGAAAGUGGCACAUCGUGACAGUGACAUGCACACGCAUGAAUGAUAAUGGCACAUCGUGACAGAGACAUGUACACGCGUGAAUGAUUGUGGCACAUUGAUGACAGAUUGGGGUCAAACAUAAAUGAUACGCCCAAGGACGGACUUUUGCUCCCAAGUCAGCCCUAAAUUUUUGGACGCCCUACCUCCAUAGAACAAACUAACAUAAUUACUUUUGAUAUUUUUUUAUCAAACUAAUGAAUAUAAGUUGUCUGAAUUUAAAAUGGUUGUUUUGAAACGUGCAGCAAUUAUACUAUUAACAAGAAAUUUUCAUAUUGCAGUUAGUAAACAAUUUCUUGUACCAAAGUCUUUGUGCCGUAGAAAAGUAUUUCUUCACAUAAUUCAAAUCCACGUCAAAUGUCUGAGAUAUUACUUAUAGUGGAAGCUUGAAACAGAAAGACAGGACAAUAAAUAAAAAAAGGAAAGUUUCGGCUAAAAGCCUUCCUCGGCAAACAGGACAGACGAAGAAAUGACAAGAAAUAGAAAGUAUUAAAAAAACAAAAACAACUUAAGUGUUCGCCAAAUUUAAAUACUUUCUAUAUGGUGUUAAGUCCGAGACAGAUGCAGAGGAAACACUAAAAUUCAACUUUUACUAAAUGUCUCAUUUUGCAACAAUCACCCCCGUAGGCAAAAAUCAUCGCAGAGGGCGCCAAUGGCCCGACGACUCCUGCCGCUGAGAGCAUCCUCAUAGCCCGUAAGGUCCUGGUCAUCCCCGACCUCUACAUCAACGCGGGUGGCGUCACCGUGUCCUACUUCGAGUGGCUGAAGAACUUGAAUCACGUGAGCUACGGGAGGCUGACCUUCAAGUACGAGCGGGACGCCAACUACCACCUGCUGAACAGGUAA